UUCUCUUGGGCCAUUUUUCAUGGACAAAUCUUGCUUUGCUUUAGCUAUUUCUUGAGGAUUAUUUUCACAACCAACCCUCUCCUUUUUCUUGCCCAUCUUCAUUCCUUCUUAAGUAAACUUCUCUUAUAUAGUUUUAGCUCAUGAAACCCACCUUCCAACCACAAUUUGACUUGUAAGUUUAGACUUUUCUACUUUCUAUUUUUUUCUUUGGUUAUGGCUGAUCUUGAUUUCCACCCGAAACCCUUGAAGCUCUUCGGCUUCAACAUCGUCGAAAGCACCGCCGCCGACGAUUCGACCAAGCCUCCAGAAGGGUCACCUGAACUCGAAAUGGAUGGCCGUAGAUACGAGUGCCAGUACUGUUUCCGGGACUUUGCUAACUCUCAAGCCCUAGGAGGUCACCAAAAUGCUCACAAGAAGGAAAGGAAGCUACUAAAGCGUGCUCAAAUGCAAGCUGCUACUCGGAAUUCCAUGAUAUCGGCUUUUACACCUCCGCCACACAUCUUCACCGCGGCCAUGGUACCAGCAGCUGCUGCACCGCCGCAGUAUCAUUCUUCAUUUUACAUGUCACAUGGGGGAGGAGAAGCCCCGUUGCGUUUGUUGCAUGGCGGUACGUACCUUUGUGGGCCUGCUUCUGCGCAAGGACCGCGUUUAUAUAGGGGAGAAGGAAGGGAAAGCAUGGCAGCUGCGUUUUCCGGUGACGUCCGGGAUUAUACUGGAGUUUUUCCGGUGGACAGGCGGUUCAGGGAAGAUGAUGGUGGGCCUAAUGGAUUAGGUAUUGAUUUACAGCUUAGUCUUGGAUCGUCUGUGCCAUAA